CAGUGGGAGGGGGCGCGAGCGAGCAGGAAGGCAGGGAGCUGCCAGGAGCUCUUCCCUGCUCGCUCCCGCCUCGCUCUCAGAAGCUCGGAUCCAGACACACGCGAGGCGCUGUCCUUUCAGCACUGCAAGCUCAGGCUGAGGAGGGAGGACUCCCGGCCGUCCUCCUCCUCUUCAAAUUGGCUUAGAUCUGCUCUGACCCCCAAGAGCGCAGCACAGUCUGGGAAGAAAGGCAUAAGGAUGGUGAAGCUGAACAGUAACCCCAGCGAGAAGGGAACCAAGCCGCCUUCAGUCGAGGAUGGCUUCCAGACCGUCCCUCUCAUCACGCCCUUGGAGGUUAAUCACUUACAGCUGCCUGCCCCAGAAAAGGUGAUUGUGAAGACAAGAACGGAAUAUCAGCCAGAACAGAAGAACAAAGGGAAGUUUCGAGUGCCGAAAAUCGCGGAAUUUACGGUCACCAUCCUCGUCAGCCUGGCCCUAGCUUUCCUCGCGUGCAUCGUGUUCCUGGUGGUUUACAAAGCCUUCACCUAUGACCACAGCUGCCCAGAGGGAUUUGUCUACAAGCACAAGCGCUGUAUCCCAGCCUCCCUGGAUGCUUACUACUCAUCCCAGGACCCCAACUCCAGAAGCCGCUUCUACACAGUCAUCAGCCACUACAGCGUGGCCAAGCAGAGCACUGCCCGGGCCAUCGGGCCAUGGCUGUCGGCAGCCGCUGUCAUCCAUGAGCCCAAGCCGCCUAAGACCCAGGGCCAUUAGAGGCCUCCCCCAGCCAGAGUGGGGGGCGGGGUGGAGGGGGGACCCCUAUUGGCUAAGCCAAGCUCCAGUUACAAGGCAACACUGUACUCCUGGGAUUUGGGGGUGGGGGUGGGGCAGGGUGGGGGAGGGGAGGAACUCAUCGAAAAUAUCGUGCACUGGAGUUGUCUGAAUCGAUAUUUCUUUUUGUCCCUUGGUAUUGUUGAUUCGUCCCCGAGUCAGGCUCAUGUACAAAGGCAUGUUUCGUGUUGAUUGUUCCCAUGUAAGAUAUUUUCGAAGCCACUGCUUAUUCUUUGUUAGGAAAAUGUAAACACAGACAAGGAAAGAAACAAAAAACAUUAAACUGGCUCCAUCGGGAAGAUAUUGAAGGGAAAUAGCAGAGGCCGUGGGCUUCUUGGAUGAGACAGUGUGGGUUUCAGAGGGUACAGUACAUGUGAGUGACAGGCUGGGGCUAUUUGGGUAGCCUCUGUCUGGGCUAGGGAAGUUAGGAAUGGCCAAGUCAGAGAGAGGCUGAUUUGGGCACUACUAAGCCCGGCGUGCACAGUAAACCGUACCAACCUCUGGUACAUUUUGUGAGAUUACCUUCCCAGGCUGGGGCUCUGACGACUCACCCUGCAGUGAUAGGUUUUGUAUCAGCAAACGUUGAGGAGUGGGCAGAUUUUCUUUGUCUUUUUCUUGUUUUUCUAGAUCCGCCUGGACACUGCCCAUGUUUAUGAGAUGGACAGGGUAGAGAGGGAAAGGAGGAAGGAGAGGCUGUGAGAAGAAGGAACGCACAGGACAGGCAGGUAGCACUGGGCCAACGAUAAGCACAGUCACGCAACUUGAAAAUUUUUGUUUCCUGUUUCCCAAAAUGCUAAUUACAAUAGCAACAACCCUAGGAUUAUUAUCAGGAAACUCCAGGAACAGCCACGAAGGGACUUUAAGAUUGGGGCUGCAACAAUGCCAGAUCAUUUUUAACGGAAGCUGAAAAGUGUGACUGUCUUUUGCCCACUCCCUUGUGUUGACAGGGGACAUUUGUCCAAACUCUCCAAUUGGAUUUUAGAUGUUCUAGACACUCCUGACAUGGAGCAACAUCCAGACGUGACCAGGUCUCCCACUGCCCUGGAUGGCAGCAGGCCCUCCCCUGCUUCUCCCACAAAUGGUUCAGGGAGGCCACUUUUGCAGGGUGUUGGCUCCAGGCCCGAGGGCCAGAACGGGAGUGGAAGGACUUGCUAUUUGAGACGUGGUACGGUUUCCCCAGGGAUCUCUGACAGGCCAUGUGAAAGGUAUUUUUGUGGCUUGCUUUGUUGCUGAAAUCAUCAUACACAACAGCUGGGUAAUAAGACUAGUAUAGCUCAAACUCUCCUGCCAAAUACUCUCAUCUGAUUUUUCCUCCCUUCUUCUCCACCCUCCUAGCACCUUGUGUCACCUGUAAAUUCAUUUGUCAUCCAAAGCGGAAUAACAAAUUGUCCCUAGCAAAACUGCUGAGCGCUUUAUAAUUUUGUGGUGUAUUUUUGUCAGUAGGUAGCAGAGGCUGAAGUAUUUUUUGGUGUAAUUCUUGCAAUUUUCUGACAGGAAACAAAUAAAGAUAGAUGUGUCUGAGA